AUGAAACUUUUUAGCAUUGGUGUACCUAAAAAUACUGGUUGUGUGAUUAGUGGACAUAAGUCUUCUGAUUUAAUUGAAUGUACUGGUCCUAAUACUAAUUCUGAUAUUGAUUAUAAUGCAUCAAAUAUUGUAUCAGAAAGUAAAAAAUAUUUAAGUGAUAAUAAUAAUAAUUCACAGAAUUUGAAUGAACAAGAAUUUUAUGAAAAUUUUUAUAUGGCUCAAGAAGUUUUAAACAAAAAUAGAAAACAGUCUUUUAACAUCACAAAUAAUCAAAAAAUAAGCAACUAUAUAGUAAUAAGAAUAUAA